UAUCGAUACCACCACCACGAACAGGAAUCUCUUCUCAACUUGAACCAAGUUAGAGAUCCGGGAAUCAACACACAACAGCAAUUGGGGCUCACCAAAGCCGUCAAGGGAGAUGCUUUUCAACAUGCCAUUCCGGGUCAUCGUCGCUCUGAUGAUGGCCCUUGUUGCCAUCCUGGGCUCCGCCACCGCCCAGAGUCCCGCACCGGCGCCCCCAGCGCAGAGCCCUGAUGCUCCUGCUCCUAGUCCUGGCAAUGCCGCUCCUAGUCCUGGGAACCCUGCACCUGGUCCUAGUGAUGCCGCUCCUAGUCCUGGGAAACCUGCACCCAGUCCUAGUGAUGCCGCUCCUAGUCCUGGGAACCCUGCAGAUUCACCGACACCAGCUUCGCCAGUCGGUCCAUCUACUCCUCCACCUCCCCCUACAACCGACCGUCCAAACGAGCCCUCGACAACCGAGCGUCCUCCUCCUACGACAAGGCCCCCGACCCCUCCCCCAACAAUCGAGCCACCUCCUCCACCGACAAACUCCCCGACAAACUCACCAGGUAAUGAUGGUGGGCGCCCAACCACACUCCCACCCAGCGACGGAGGAGAUGGAAGCCCGUCUCCUACUGAUCGUCCCUCCCCUACCCCCAACCCCCCUCCCAAUUCCCCCGUCACUCGACCUCCUCCCGAACCUACCACCAACGGUCCGAAUGGCCCGACUGCGCCAUCUCCUGUCGACUCUCCGCCGGCAUCGCCUGCUCCCCCAACUGGUACUCCCGCUGGCCCGAUUGAUUCCCCAAUUGAUAUCCCUGUUGAUACUCCAAUCAAUACCCCAAUUGCUACUCGGUCUGAUACCCCGGACCCUACCACCCGCCCCAAUACCCCAAUCCCCCCGAUCGAUACCCCUUCCAAUUCCCCCUCCCCCAAACCCUCCCCGACGAAUCCCCCGAUCAUUGAAACAGUGACUAAUACUCGACCUCCAACUGCCAAUCCAGUUACCAAUCCUCCCACUCAGCCUACAACCAACCCCGCCCCUCCUCCGAAAGAUCCGGCGAAGCUCACCACGUUCACACCGUCGCCGACCGUCUACACUACUCCUGUGACUCGCAGCUCAGCUCUCGUGUAUACUUCUAACGGUGCUGUCAGAACUACUACCACCGUAUGGGUUGAUGAUGUUGUCGUCACAUCGACGCCCUUGCCGGUCACGACCGGCAGAUCAGAUAUCGGCAAUUUGCAAGAUGGUGGGAGUACCACUCACACGGGACCCAUUAUCGGAGGCAUUGUCGGAGGUCUCUUUGGCCUCGUUGUUCUCGGAGUGCUGGGAACCAGCGUUUACCGCUACUUGCGCGACAAACGCGCGAAAGCCAAUGACCGCGAUCUACCUUUCAACGAGCCUAUGACUGGUCUCUUUGGGGCCAACAGCAAAGUCCUUCGGUCUGACUCCCCAUCCAUCAUUCCUGCCAUCCACGAGAACAUGGUAGUUGGGCACGACAGCAGUCUUCGUGAGAGUCCCUCCCAACAAUCGAUGAGAGCCAUCAGCCCGUAUUCGAGUGGCUCAGGACAACAGAUGCUCUCUGGUUACGUUGACGAAUACGGCGCUCAGCGUGGGCCAUCGCCGUAUUAUAUGUACGGCAAUCCCGGGGACGGUCCGGUCAGCCACGACGUGCUGAACGUGGACGGGCAUGGGCAUGGGUACAACCCAGCGUAUGGAGCCGCGGCUGCGGCGGGAGGCUUGGGUGCGGCGGCGGCGGCUGGAGCGGCUGGCUCGGCCAACGGAGGUAGCCCGACUUUCGACAGAAGGGAAGCGAUGAAAGGAUUCACCCCUGGCCAGGAAGAUGAGAUUGAGAUUGCUCCCGGGGAUACCAUUGAGAUCAGGUGAGAGCCUUUGUCUCUUACCUUUCUACAUGGCAUGGGCAUCUAUUCAUCAAGCCACUCCGCAUCUCGCUUUAUAGUCAACUAUUCAACGACGGUUGGGCAUCUGGCGUGAAUACCCGAACAGGGCUCAGCGGCGUAUUUCCGC